AUGUUCUCAAGCUUGACGACAAAGCUGGCGCUGAGGAAGGCGGGGUUGUCGAGCGACACCUUUGACUUAUCGUCAAAGCCCAGCAAGCCGGCCAAGGAUGGCUCCGUCCCCGGCCUCGACGACGCCGACGAGUCCAACAACGGCUCAGCCUGGCCAGCCUGGAUGAACAAGAAAAAGCUCCCGCUGACCGCACAGGCCUGGCUGUCGCCGGUCCCGCCUCCAGUCCCCAUCGCCGAAUGUCCCAAAGCAGGGGAUCUGGCGCCUUUGGAUCGCGAUCGCCAACUUGAGUUCGGCGGCGGAAGACCAGUGGUGGUUCUCUUCCUCCGGUGUGUUGGAUGCGCUUUCGCCCAAAAGUCCUUCCUCGCCCUCCGGGCCCUCGCCAACAAAAACCAAGGCAGCCUCCGCUGCCUCGCCGUCUCGCACUCGUCCGCCGCCGCCACACGCAAGUGGAUGGACCUGCUCGGCGGCGCCUGGAACAUCGAAGUCAUCAUCGACGAAGACCGCGCCAUCUACGCGGCCUGGGGCUUGGGUCUCGGCACCGUGUGGUCCAUGUUCAACCCGACGACGCAGGUCCAGGGCUGGAAGGAGAAGGGCUGGCUCGGCAUCAAGGUGGCGGAUUCGAUACAGCGGACGGGUGCUGAUCGCGCGUCGCCGGCGCCGCGGCCCGGCCCGAGGAGGACGGGCACGGGGAUGAGCGCGGCGUCGGCGCGGGGUGCUGAGGCGGAUUCCGACGAGGCCGUGGGUCCCUCGACGGUCAUGGGCAACAAGUGGCAGCAGGCUGGUCUGUUCGCUGUGGAUGGACGGGGCACGGUCGUAUGGGCGGCGAAGGCGCUACGAGCGGACGAUGUGAUGGAUAUGGGUGCUGCUGCUGCGGUUGUGGGCUUUUGA